UCGUUGUUGUUGCUGCAUUGGGGGCUGUUAUCUCGAUUGCGUGGCCGAGGGCGAUUGAGCACUGCGCAGACGCUGGAGCGGCAUAAACAAAUGCCUUCACCUUUAGACUCCUUUUACGCUCCGGAGGCAGCGUAACGUCAGUUUACUUCUGGCUAUCGCAAUAGCCUGGCCGCGUACGCGGUCUGUCGCAUACACCUGCCCCCUCCGCUGACAAGAAGAUAAGACGGCAAUGUGCAAUAAUCAAUAAACGUGCUUUUGAAAAAUAAACUUCCAAUAAAAGUAGCUCUAGAUUAGUUCAAAGUUGAUACUGAAUUUCGUGCCAGCACACAAUCCUUUAUAUUUACGUCUGGAAUACCAACAGAAUACAAAAAGAAAAAGCAGCAUACGCAAACUCUCAUAUAUUUUCUAGCGUGCAUUAUUUACGCAUCCCCCUCACCCCCCAAACAAAUUCGAGGGGGUUGCUGCUCGCUCGCUCGCAGCGCUCCGUGUGAGUGGGACACAGAAAAAACCAAUCUAUGUAUAUGAAAGUCAAGUACCGUUACGGAAAACAGUAAAAAAACAAUUCCAUUUGAACGAAAGUAAAUACGUGACAGAGCGUGGGUCAUGUCUCUGGAGGAUCCGUUUUUUGUUGUCAAGGACGAGGUAUUCAAAGCGCUGAACAAAACACGCGGACUCUAUUUGCGUUGGCGUGAGCUGGGCGAGAACGGAGGCGCCGAGGUUGAAUGGACCACAACGGAGCUGCGUAAUUCGCUGCGCAGCAUUGAAUGGGACCUGGAGGAUCUGGAGGACACCAUCAGCAUUGUUGAAAAGAAUCCCACAAAGUUUCGCAUAGAUAAUCGUGAACUCUCCAGCCGGCGACAUUUCAUAGACAACACACGCGAUGAGGUCAAGCAGAUGAAGGAUAAGAUGAGCCUGAACCGGAACAGGGACAGAGACAUAACCGCACAUCAGCCAUUGCUCGAGAACGAAACACGCAAUCACAGCCAGAAUCACAGCCAGGCCAACGAAUAUCAUACAUCGCACAACGAUCGCACCUAUCUGGUAGAUUGCCCCAAUCCGCAAUCUGUGGCCAAUACCAUAGCUGGCACCAUGUCCGCCGCAGCAGCAGCGGCAGCCGCGACCCGGCACAGCGGCACCAAAUACUCCAAGCUGGAGAACGCACUGGACAUCGAUAGUCCCAGCCAUUAUGGCGGCAGUCUGGACAGUCCGGGGCAUCGGUAUGUGGGCGAAACGGUGUCCAUACAGCAGCGCAUGAUACAGGGUCAGGACGAGCAGCUGGAUAUGAUAAGUGAUUCCAUUGGCACUCUUAAGACUGUUUCGCGUCAGAUUGGCGUCGAAUUGGAUGAGCAGGCGGUCAUGUUGGAUGAUUUCGGGAAUGAGUUCGACACAACCGAAUCCAAGCUGGACACAACAAUGAAAAAAGUUGCCAAAGUUUUACACAUGAAUAACGAUAAGCGUCAAUGGGCCGCGAUUCUUAUACUUUGUGUACUGUUAUUGUUUGUGAUAAUUUUGUUUAUUAUUUUGUAAUUGAUUUGUUGCGCUUCGUUUG